AUGAACAAACUGUAUAUCGGAAACCUCAGCGAGAACGCCGUCGCCUCGGACCUAGAAAGUGUCUUCAAGGACGCCAAGAUCCCGGUGUCGGGACCCUUCCUGGUGAAGACGGGCUACGCGUUCGUGGACUGUCCGGACGACAGCUGGGCCCUCAAGGCCAUCGAGGCGCUUUCAGGUAAAGUGGAACUGCACGGAAAACUCAUUGAAGUUGAGCACUCGGUCCCCAAAAGGCAGAGGAUUCGGAAACUUCAGAUACGAAAUAUCCCGCCUCAUUUACAGUGGGAGGUGCUGGAUAGCUUACUAGUCCAGUAUGGAGUGGUGGAGAGCUGUGAGCAAGUGAACACUGACUCAGAAACUGCCGUCGUCAACGUAACCUAUUCCAAUAAGGAGCAAGCUAGACAAGCUUUAGACAAGCUGAAUGGGUUCCAGCUGGAGAACUUCACGCUGAGAGUGGCCUACAUCCCCGACGAGAUGGCGGCCCAGCAGAGCCCCUCCCAGCAGCCCCGAGGCCGGCGUGGGUUUGGGCAGAGGGGCUCCUCGAGGCAGGGGUCUCCAGGGUCAGUGUCCAAGCAGAAGCCGUGCGACUUGCCUCUGCGCCUGCUGGUUCCCACCCAGUUCGUUGGAGCCAUUAUAGGAAAAGAAGGUGCCACCAUUCGGAAUAUCACCAAACAGACCCAGUCUAAAAUUGAUGUCCAUCGGAAGGAGAAUGCAGGUGCCGCCGAGAAGUCAAUUACUAUCCUCUCUACCCCUGAGGGCACCUCUGCAGCUUGUAAGUCUAUUCUGGAGAUUAUGCAUAAAGAAGCUCAAGAUAUAAAAUUCACAGAAGAGAUUCCUUUGAAGAUUUUAGCCCAUAAUAAUUUUGUAGGACGUCUCAUUGGUAAGGAAGGACGGAAUCUUAAAAAAAUUGAGCAGGACACUGACACUAAAAUCACAAUAUCUCCAUUGCAGGAGCUGACACUGUACAAUCCGGAGCGCACCAUUACGGUGAAAGGCAACGUGGAAACAUGUGCCAAAGCUGAGGAAGAGAUAAUGAAGAAAAUCAGGGAGUCUUAUGAAAACGAUAUUGCUUCCAUGAAUCUUCAGGCACAUCUAAUUCCUGGAUUAAAUCUGAACGCCUUGGGUCUGUUCCCACCCACAUCUGGGAUGCCACCUCCCACCUCAGGGCCCCCAUCAGCUAUGACUCCUCCUUACCCACAGUUUGAGCAGCAGUCCGAAACGGAGACCGUCCACCUCUUCAUCCCAGCGCUGUCUGUAGGCGCCAUCAUCGGCAAGCAAGGGCAGCACAUCAAACAGCUGUCGCGCUUCGCAGGAGCGUCCAUUAAGAUUGCUCCAGCUGAAGCACCAGAUGCUAAAGUGAGGAUGGUGAUUAUCACUGGGCCACCAGAGGCUCAGUUCAAGGCUCAGGGAAGAAUUUAUGGAAAAAUUAAAGAAGAAAAUUUUGUUAGUCCUAAAGAAGAGGUGAAACUUGAAGCUCACAUCAGAGUGCCAUCCUUUGCUGCUGGCAGAGUUAUUGGAAAAGGAGGCAAAACGGUGAAUGAGCUCCAGAAUUUGUCAAGUGCAGAAGUUGUUGUUCCCCGUGACCAGACUCCUGAUGAGAAUGACCAAGUGGUCGUCAAAAUAACUGGUCACUUCUAUGCUUGCCAGGUUGCCCAGAGAAAAAUUCAGGAAAUUCUGACUCAGGUAAAGCAGCAUCAACAGCAGAAAGCUCUGCAAAGUGGACCAUCUCAGUCAAGGCGGAAGUGA